GUGCGCGAGGCUUCCGCUGCUUCUCGAGCCGGCGGCGGCGAGAGCGGCCGGUGCGGAGGGAGCGCAGCCGGGGACCCCACUCCCCCCGCCCCACGGUCCGACCAUGGACACCAGGUGGUGGGCAGUGGUGGUGCUGGCGGCGCUGCCCUCUCUGGGCGCAGGCAGGGACCCCGAGGCCCCUCCGGAGUCAUGGACACAGCUGUGGCUCUUCCGCUUCCUGGUGAACGCCUUGGGCUAUGCCAGCUUCAUGGUUCCCGGCUACCUCCUGGUGCAGUACUUCAGGCGGAAGAACUACCUGGAGACAGGCAGGGGUAUCUGCUUCCCCCUGGUGAAAGCCUGUGUGUUUGGCAAUGAGCCCAAAGCCUCCGAUGAGGUCCCCCUCGUCCCCCGGACAGAGACGGCAGAGACCACCCCUACUUGGCAGGCCCUGAAGCUGCUUUUCUGCGCAGUGGGGCUGCAGGUGUCCUAUCUGACUUGGGGUGUGCUGCAGGAAAGAGUGAUGACCCGCAGCUACGGGGCCACAGCCACAUCACCUGGUGAGCGCUUCACAGACUCUCAGUUCCUGGUGCUAAUGAACCGCGUGCUGGCGCUCAUUGUGGCAGGCCUCACCUGUGUCCUCUUCAAGCAGCCAAGACACGGGGCACCCAUGUACCAGUACUCCUUUGCCAGCCUGUCCAAUGUGUUCAGCAGCUGGUGCCAGUAUGAGGCUCUUAAGUUCGUCAGCUUCCCCACGCAGGUGCUGGCCAAGGCCUCCAAGGUGAUCCCCGUCAUGCUGAUGGGGAAGCUGGUGUCACGGCGCAGCUACGAGCACUGGGAGUACCUGACGGCCGGCCUCAUCUCCCUCGGGGUCAGCAUGUUCCUGCUGUCUAGCGGCCCCGAGCCUCGAAGCUCCCCAGCCACCACGCUCUCUGGCCUCCUCUUACUGGGUGGCUAUAUUGCCUUCGACAGCUUCACUUCCAACUGGCAGGAUGCUUUGUUUGCCCACAAGAUGUCAUCUGUGCAGAUGAUGUUUGGGGUCAACUUCUUUUCCUGUGUCUUCACAGUGGUCUCACUCCUAGAGCAGGGCGCCCUCCUAGAGGGAACCCGCUUCAUGGGGCGGCACAGCGAGUUCGCAGCCCAUGCCCUCCUGCUCUCCAUCUGCUCCGCCUUUGGCCAGCUCUUCAUCUUCUACACCAUAGGGCAGUUUGGGGCUGCUGUCUUCACCAUCAUCAUGACCCUCCGCCAAGCCAUUGCUAUCCUCCUCUCCUGCCUGCUCUAUGGCCACACUGUCACUGUGGUGGGCGGGUUGGGUGUGGCUGUGGUCUUCGCUGCUCUCCUGCUGAGAGUCUAUGCCCGGGGCCGGGUAAAGCAGCGAGGAAAGAAAGUUGUGCUUGAGUCCCCUGUGCAGGUUUGAGGGCCCAAGGGUUCAGUGACAGGACUGACUGUCCUGUAACAGUUUUCUCUGGCCUCUCCCAGAGACCCUGGCUCCAGGGUAGACGUGGUUUUCAGUAUCAGACUGGCUCUGCAGGUGGGGUAGGAGCCAGGAGGCAGUCUCCCUUGCCUUAAGCCACUUGUGCCCCAGAUAGGAGUCCUGUGGCAGUUGCUUUCCAGAUCGUCUGGACCAGCUGUGGGCUCUGCCACCAGCCCUCACCUGGCCACCUUCCCUUCAGUCCACCUGACCUGCAUUUCUUACUCUUGUGAGAAAAGCACAAGUGUUGCAGACUCCAAAUGCUGCUUCCUGGGGGUACACGGAGGACUGUGCUGUGCCAGGAGGGAUGGGAACCCUGCCCAGUCCCUGCUGCUGUGCCCUUGGGCCAAGGCAGGCACAGGUUUUGGUACUUCGGAAAUGUCACAUUUUGCUCUUAUAAUUUUAUUUUAUUAAACUGCUGUAACAGA